AUGAACACGGAGGUGGAGGUGCCUCCGGCCGACGUCCAGGAGGGCCCGGCCGUGGUUGCCAUCCGAGAGUACUUUGGCGCGUGGAACCGACGCGACAUGGACGCGGCCUGUGAGUGCUUCGCGGACGAGUGCGUAUACGACGACACUCAGUACAACGGCGCAUUCUCUGGAAAGGUGGCCCUCAAGCAACACCUCCUCCGCGUCGCAGACGCUCUUCCACCCACGUUCCAAGUUUGCAUAGAUGAAGUGGCAGACGGCGGCAGCACGGUGGGCGUGCAAUGGCAUGUCGAGAACGAUGGCCGCCCGCUACCGUUCACACGUGGAUGUUCCAUGUACAAGGCCGAUCCAUCGACGGGUCUCCUCAUCUCCGGGUUCGACGUGCCCGAGCCGGCGCCCUUCAAGCCUGGCUCCGCCUCGCUGCUCCUGCUCGGCGUCGCCUCGAAGGUGAUCGCAGAGCCGAUCCGCGCGGUGCCUCUCGUGGUGUGGGGGCUGUACGUGAGCAUCGUCUUCUUCUCAAACGGCAUUCUGCCAGGGCCCGAUGCCACGCAGCUCGAUCCCGCCACAUGGACCGAGGUGAUCGGCCUCUCGCUCAACUUCUGGCUCGUGGCGCCCAUCCUGCACCUGCCCUUCUCGCCCGCCCUCCACCCUGGCCUCGAGGCAAUCUUCAACUUGCUGCUCGCGUGGGCGGCCGCCUUUGCCGGCUUCCUCUCCGACGGACGGCCGGGGCGACCCUCCGGCUCCAUGGUCCCCGUUGUUGCGGGCAUGCAGUUCCUCACGAAUGCCUUCCUGCUGCCGUACCUUGUCGUGCGAGCGCCGGAGUCGAACGCUCCCGUGUAUUACGACGAGUUGGAGCCAAAGGAGGCGCUCGUGAGCGAGUGGCGUGGGCUCGGGCCGCUGCUGGCGACGGUCGGCACCGGCUCGCUCGUGUGGGGCCUCGUGGCGCGGCCUGAGUUUGGCGAGCUCGCGACGCGGUGGGCCUCGCUGAUUGAUCUCCUCUCCGCCGAUCGGCUCGCCUCGUCGUUCGUCGUCGACCUGGUGCUCUUCGCCCUUUUCCAAGGCUGGCUUGUCGACGAUGAUCUCCGGCGGCGCGGCGUCACCGACACGUCGGAGUCCGCCACGCUGAGUGCCGUUGCCAAGUUUGUGCCCUUUUAUGGCAUGUGCGCAUACCUGGCCUUGCGCCCCGCGUUACCGACUCGUCCAGAGCUGUCGGAGUGA